AUUGUGACCACGAUAUUAAGUAUUCCAAAUUUUUAACAAAAAUGUAUCGUUUGGCAUUGAAAAGGCAAUGCAGAGAUGUCGUACAGAUCACAUUGAGCCAGUACAGCCGCAAAAAUUAUAGCAAUGGUUUGCCCCCGAACGUACGACAAGCUGGGUUCGGCAAAAUUUUGGUAUUUCUGUCGCCCCUAGUUGCUGCCGGAGGAGUUAUUGGAUAUGCGAAAUAUGAUCCGAAAUUUCGAAAACAAGUUGAACAAAACGUUCCUGGUGCAGAAUACGUUCUCAAAGUAGCUUUAGAUUCCCAAGACCCAAUUGCAGACAUCAACAAACAAUUUGAUGGAGUGAGAAAACAAUUUGAUAAUGUCUCCAAAACGGUGGAAAGUGCCACAUCUACUGUGACUGGCUGGUUCGGCGGAGCAGAAAAACCAUCUACAAAGCAAUCUGAUGUUGUCCAGCCGAAAACAACUUCAUCGCCAAAGCCUGUUCCUGCUAGUUCUGUUAAAGAAGCGCCUCCUGCGUCCAAGCCUGCUACUGCCAAACCAAGUGAACCGGUCAAAAUUCAAAAACAACCCGAACCUUUGCCCCGAGAUGUAACAGAUUUGGAAAGUGCGGUGGAAGUAGCUGCUGCAUUGGCAGUAAAAGAGUACAACAAAGCAAUUGGGAUCCUAAAGGGCUUCAACAAUGAUGUACGUAAAGUUGUAGAUGAUGCCAUUGAAAAUGUUGACACAUCAAUUUGGACUUCCUUGAGGAAUAGAACUAGUGCACGCGACACCUCCGUUGCCACGGCGGAAAAAUCGGCUCGUGAAGCAAUUGAUAAAAUCGAAAAAUGUGAAAUCGCUCUGAGCAAAGCUGCAACCUCAGAAAAUCACGAGCAAAUAGUGACCAUUCGUAAAAAAAUCAAAUCUUUGCUGGAGCACAUCAAUCAUGUUAAAGACGAGCUUUACCAACAUAAGGACCUUGCUACUAUGUCCGAAAAGUAUUGGAGGAAUGUUGAGAAAGCCCGUAACUAUUUUGUCGAAGAGAUUGAAUCUAUCUUUCCUGGGCUUAAUUUGUCGGAUCAAAAGCUAAAUCUUUCCAAAGAAGAUUUGGAUUUAUUCAUCAUGCACGCUUAUUCGCAUGUUUUGGCCUAUCAAAAAGAACUCCAACGCUUGCAAACAGACGGUGAGUUGAGGCUCAAGCGUGCAGUUGAAGCAUUCCGCGGCGACAGUGACUCGGAAGCGGUAAAAGCUCAACUGGACUACCACCUGGAGGCAGAAAAGCGCAAAUUAGCUCUUGAGAACCAGAAAAAAAUUUUCCAAAUUAGAGCUGAUUCUGAAAAGCAAUUGCGUCAACAAUUAAAAAGGCAAGCUGAAGCGCAUAUAGAUCAUUUGAACGAUGCUUUAGCCAUGAAGGAGAGUGAAAUGAAGCGCAGCUUCACCCGCGAAUUGGAAGAUAAAUUGGCAACCGAGAAAGCAAAUUACAAGCUACAAUUGGCGGCGAUGGUUGGUAAAAUGCGUGGCAUGGAUGCUGCUUUGCAAGAAAUUGAUGAUGAGCUUAAAGCGCGCGCUGCAGCUGAGCGUUCGGCUCACCAAGCGCAAGCACUUUGGGCCGCAUGUCAAUCCUUGUGGGCUACAGUUAGCACUGGUGAACCAGGUGAACAUUGGAGAAAUAAGUUGCGUCCGCUUAAGAGCGAAAUAAAGGCGAUUUCCAAGGUUGCCGAGGGUGACGAACUAGUUUCUGUUGUGAUUCGAAACUUGCCAUCUACCGCUAGCGAGCGUGGCGUGUUCACUGAGGAUGCCCUGCGUGAACGCUUUAUUAAUGUAGAGCGUGUUGCACGUAAAUUGGCGCUUGUUCCCGAGGGUGGUGCCAGUCUCCCGAUAUAUUUCCUUUCUUACCUGCAGUCGCUGUUCAUAUUGAAACCCGAUGAUCCCAUUUCGCAAGAUGAGUUACAAAACAAACCAUUUGAUUACAGCAAAUUGGAUACAUACGAUAUUUUGAACCGAGCUCGGUACUUUGUUGACCGCGGAGAUCUUCUACAAGCCUUAAAGUAUAUGAACCUAUUGCAAGGAGGACCACGUCGUGUUGCAUGCGAUUGGUUGAAUGAGACACGUCUGACGUUAGAAACUAAACAAGCUGCCAAUACACUAAUGGCCCACGCUGCUGCAAGCGGCCUCUUGUAUUUGUAAAUUAACUACUUAAACCAAGGAAAACGAUUUAAAAUUAUAGUGAUUGUAAUCAUGGAUUUACAUUUGCAACGAUGCUACGGAAUUUACAUUUUACUAAAUCGGCAAUUUGCAUCAAGGCUUUUUAAUUGUUUGAUUUUUCCGUUUUAUCUUAAUUGAAAAUUACAUUAAUUUAUCUUUGUUGAUUUAGUUGUGCAUUCCGAAUGUAAAGAAUGGAAAUAAUAGUUGCAAUGUUGGUAAAGAAAUAAACAAACAAAAAUUAUAAUAGUAUGACAGAAAAA